UACGAUCAAGUUGGCCUUCAUAACAUUAACACGUAGUGAAUAAACUGCAUUGACAAGAUCGAAAAAGGAAGGAUAAAUAUUGGUGUAAAAUAUGUGCAAAUCUUCUAUCUAACCGAUCUGUUUCUCAUAUUGUUACCUUCAAUACUUACGAAACGGCCCAAGACAAGCAAGUAGUGGGAGUUUGUCCAAGACAUUUUAAACCAUUGUGAGCAUUCUUAAACUCAUUCAAGAUGGUGUUAGCAGAUCUUGGAAGGAAAAUCACAUCAGCCUUAAAAUCAUUGAGUAAUGCAACCAUCAUCGAUGAAGAUGUACUCAACUCCAUGCUCAAUGAAAUAUGCAGGGCUCUUCUGGAAGCCGAUGUCAACAUCAGACUUGUCAAAGCUCUCAAAGAAAAUGUCAAAUCUGUCAUUGACUUUGAUGAGAUGGCAGCUGGUCUCAACAAACGCAAGAUGAUCCAGACUGCAGUCUUCAAGGAGCUUGUCAAGCUUGUGGAUCCCGGAGUGAAGGUGUGGACUCCAACCAAAGCCAAGCCCAACAUCAUCAUGUUUGUGGGACUACAGGGAAGCGGUAAAACAACAACUUGCACAAAGCUUGCUUACUACUAUCAGAAGAAAGGGUGGAAAGUGGCUCUUAUCUGUGCAGAUACAUUCCGAGCAGGUGCCUUUGAUCAGUUAAAACAGAAUGCUACAAAAGCCAGGAUACCAUUCUAUGGCAGCUAUACAGAGGUAGAUCCAGUUAUUAUAGCUGCUGAUGGAGUAGAGAAAUUUAAGAAGGAAAACUUUGAGAUCAUCAUCGUUGAUACUAGCGGAAGGCAUAAACAAGAAGAUUCACUCUUUGAGGAAAUGUUGCAGGUCGCAAAUGUCACGAGUCCUGAUAACAUCAUCUUCGUAAUGGAUGCUUCCAUUGGUCAAGCUUGUGAGAGUCAAGCCAAAGCCUUCAAGGAGAAAGUGGACGUUGCAUCAGUCAUCAUCACAAAGUUAGAUGGACAUGCCAAAGGAGGAGGUGCUCUUAGUGCUGUGGCUGCAACAAAGAGUCCUGUCAUCUUCAUAGGAACUGGAGAGCACAUCGAUGAUUUUGAACCUUUUAAGACCAAGCCUUUCAUCAGCAAGCUCUUGGGCAUGGGUGACAUUGAGGGUCUCAUUGACAAGGUCAGUGAACUCAACCUUGAUGACAAUGAAGAACUCAUCAACAAACUCAAACAUGGUGAAUUCACACUGCGUGACAUGUAUGAACAGUUCCAGAAUAUCAUGAAGAUGGGACCUUUUGGACAAAUCAUGGGUAUGAUUCCAGGGUUCAGCAGUGAUUUCAUGACAAAGGGCAAUGAGCAAGAGUCCAUGGCAAGACUCAAGAAACUGAUGACCAUGAUGGACAGUAUGAAGGAUGAAGAGCUUGAUAGUAGAGAGGGUGCCAAACUGUUCAUGAGAUGUCCAGGCAGAGUCCAGCGAGUGGCCAGAGGAUCUGGCGUUUCGGUCAGGGAGGUCCAGGAACUCCUUCAACAGUACCAGAAGUUUGCUCAGAUGGUCAAGAAGAUGGGAGGCAUUAAGGGACUCUUCAAAGGUGGUGACAUGUCCAAGAACGUGAACCCAGCACAGAUGGCUAAGAUCAAUCAAUCAAUAGCAAGAGCUAUGGACCCCAGAGUACUCCAACAGUUAGGGGGUAUGAAUGGACUCCAGAGCAUGAUGAGACAAUUCCAGCAAGGAGCAGGAGGUGGUAUGGGCGGCGGUAUGGGAGGUCUAGGCAAUAUGAUGGGAGGGGGUAAAUAGCCCUUAGGGAUAGGGUGAGGGAGGGCAGAACUUUAGUCA